AAUUGAGUUGGAAUGACAGAUAUCUUAACCUCUAAAAUUUCCAACUUAAACGUUUAAUAACUCGAUUCAUGAGGAUGACCGCCACGUUUUUCUAUAAGAUUCUUUCGUUUUGAGUGAAAACGCGUUGAAUGAGCCUAAUUUCAUUAAAAUAGGAGGUCCGAUCCAUUGGUCGAAAGAUUUAUGAAGCAGUAUUAUAAGUUUAGAGAUAGUUUAGAGAAAAAAAUUUCUGUGUACAAAUCAUGUAUAAAAUGCGUCAGAGGGUACUGUCUAUAUUACUGUAUCAUAAAGGAAUUAUAAGGGGGAUAAUAAACACCUCGAUGCGAAAAAAUUCCCAUUAUGUACUGAGCUACGUUUUCCUUGAAUAUCUACACUGCAGAUUCCAAAGAUUGUUAGAACAAGCUCUCGAGUGGGUCACAUUGUCAGACGCAGCUUUAAAAUUUAUGCUGGAUGAUUUGGAAAUAACAUGGAACGAAUACGUCGAUUAUCAUUCUUGUGCAAUAGCAAAUAUACAAAAAGAAUUGUCAAGUUCCUGGUUCAAUGUUUGCUCAAUGAUGUCAAUGACGAAAUAUAAAUUAAUGAUUAUAUCCAUGCCGGGUAUUAGCAAGAAUACUAUCCUAAUCUCGGAAACAACAGAGCGCAAUCUCCAAAACGCUCUUUGCUGCAAACGAUUGGACAACUCGUGUUUUAUACUACCAUUAGAAGACGACGUGAUCGAAUUUGCAUCUGAGGCAAGAAUAUCCUUAAUCGCCAAUCCAUACGAUUGCACGACUGAAAUACUGGAUGUCAUGCUACAAAAUUACUUCUUACAUCCCCGAUUUUUACACGUGAAUGACAUAUUUAGGAUCGACGCAAAAGAAUAUGCUCAAGAUCAAUUUUACUCGUCCGGGUUUGCUGGAAUCUCCGUGAUGUAUUUUACAGUUCAAGCUUUGAAAGUAAAUCGUAACGGGUGCAGCAAUAGCCUUAACAGUUGUUACGUUGUACGUGGAGAAUCAACACUCAUUCAGGAAGCACAAGUCCACAAUUAUAUCCCUCAGGAAUGUGUUUGCUCACUUUCCAAUGCAUUUUUACAGCAAAACAGAGCAACACCAAAUCACAAAUAUCCGUCAGCUCUAAUGGAACCCUUGGAACAUUUAGAAUCUUGCAUUACACUAUUUUUAAAAAAGGAUCUUGCAAAUGUCCAGUUGAACGUAAGACCGAUAUUUCUUGUGAAAGGGCCAUGGGGUUGCGGUAAACAUAAUUUAGUUCGAGCAACAUCAAAGAGAAUGGGAUUGAACUUCCUCGGUAUUGACUUUGUGGAAGUGCAGACUUUGACGUCGGCGCAGACCGAAGCUAAGCUUCGCAUAAUGCUACAAAAUGCACAAAAAUGCGUGCCAUGUAUACUAUAUUUAAAUAAUGUUCAAGUAUUUGGUAAAACUAUCGAAGGCCAAAAAGAUGAAAGGAUCAUAUCCUUCUUCUCGACAGAGAUCACCACGUUAUACAACAGACAUCGAAGAUUUCCUCUAAUUAUCGUAGCUGCGUCGGAUGAGACUGAUGUACCUGCGGAAUUGCAACGGUUCUUUAUCGAAACGAUUCAUGUGAAGCAUUUAAAUCAAAGCAAACGAGCGGAACUGAUAUCUUGGCUGCUGUUCAACAGAAAUCUAAAGACUAUUGCGGACCUAUCAAAAGUGGCUUGCUCAGAUUUUAAAGUCGCGGAUCUAUUAGCGUUGUCAUUACAUGCAACCAAAUUUCGAUGCAAAUCAAUGUCUCACGCAAAUCAUAAAUGCACGCUUACUCUGAAACAGGAAGAUUUCGAUCGAGCUUAUGAAUAUAUGCAGUCUGUGUACGAUAAUAAAGGCGCUCCACACGUACCAGAAGUCCACUGGGAGGACAUAGGUGGUUUGGCAGACUUGAAACACGAGAUUAUUCGCAGAAUUCAGUUGCCUCUGUUGAAUGCUUUCAGAUUCGGACAGUCUGGAUUAUUAUUAUAUGGCCCACCAGGCACUGGAAAGACUCUUCUCGCUAAAGCGGUGGCGACGGAGUAUCAGAUGCACUUUCUGUCAAUUAAAGGCUCGGAAGUGCUAAAUAUGUACGUCGGUCAGAGCGAGAAGAACGUAAGGCAAAUUUUCAAACGCGCGCGAUCCGCGGCUCCUUGCAUCGUCUUUUUCGAUGAGCUGGACUCGUUAGCGCCCAACCGAGGUAGAAGCGGGGACAGCGGCGGCGUAAUGGAUCGCGUGGUUUCCCAGUUACUGGCCGAGAUGGAUGGCCUCGAGGAGUCCGGCAGUAUAUUUAUCAUAGGAGCGACGAACAGGCCCGAUCUCAUAGAUCCCGCGCUGCUCCGACCGGGAAGAUUCGACAAAAUGCUCUACGUCGGUAUCCAUUCCAAUCUCGAAUCCAAGUUCAGCGUGUUGAAGGCGCAGACACGUAAAUUCAUGUUCCAAGAAAAUGGACGUGAGUUGGAACGAAUCGCGGACCAAUUGCCCGAUAACGUCACUGGUGCGGAUUUGUACUCGGUCUCUUCCAACGCGUGGCUCAAUGCCGUACGCGAGGUACUUGCAAAGCAUCAGGAAACUGAGAGAAUCAAUAAGGAUUAUUCCAUCGAAGAGGAAGGUAUAAUUAAGGACAAUGUUAUCGUGGAAUUGCGUCAUUUUUCGGAUGCUAUUUGUAACUUGGUGCCUUCAGUCACUGAUGAAGAAAUCAAAAGAUAUAAUAAAAUGCGAGUAGAGUUAUCAUCGUUGUAAUUCCGAAAUCGUUUCUCAAGAUAUAGUAUAAAAUGUAUUAUUAUCUUACGGUUUUCGAGAGUCAUCAUUUUAAAUGAUGACUCUGAUGAAAAUUUUUUUUAG